CACGUACAUGGCAUACUCUUCCAGACAUCAACGAGUGUUCCCCAAAUCCAUGCCAAAACGGUGCCACUUGCAAUGACAUAAUCAGCGGGUACUCGUGCAAGUGUGUGGCGGGAUGGACUGGCACCAACUGUGAUCAAAACAUCAACGAGUGUGCCACGAUUCCAUGCAAGAACGGUGCCACGUGCAAUGACGGAAUCAACGCGUACUCGUGCAUGUGUGUGGCGGGAUGGACUGGCACCAACUGUGAUCAAAACAUAAACGAGUGUGUCAUAAACCCGUGCAAGAAUGGCGCAGCAUGCGUUGACGGAAUCAACGCUUACACGUGCAACUGUGUGGCGAAGUGGGGCGGCAUUAACUGCGAUCAGAACAUCAACGAGUGUUCCCCAAAUCCAUGCCAGAACGGUGCCACGUGCAUUGACGGAAUCAACGCGUACACGUGCAACUGCGUGGCGGGAUGGAGUGGCAAGAACUGCGACCAGAACAAACGUACCGAUACAACAUCUACCACGAAAAGCCAGCCGAUUUCUAACGAUGCACAUACAGAUAGAAUAGACACAAGUGUCUUGACUCCAAGAGCUUCGAACGACGGAUUUCAAAACGUGAUCAUUGCUGUUGCGUGCGUAGUGUCUGCGGUGAUCAUUGCCAUAGCAGUCGUGAUUGCAGUGGUAUGUGUGAAGCGUAAACGCCGAUCCAUGGCAAACGUCCCACUUCCAGAUGCGCCGCGCGAAGAUCAAGUGGCUGAAGAGAAAGGCUACGCUAGCAUUGGAGAUUCCGAGUGUCAAUACGCCGUGGUUAACAAACCCAAGAAACAAUCGACGCUUAAAGUAAAACAGGACCCACCUGUUGAAAACAAACCAAUGGAAAUGCAGUCCAACCCCGAGAAACCCUCUGGGGCCGGCGAGCUCAUAUAUGCCGAUCUGGACAAAGAAGCCUUAAAGGCAAAGCCAAGCAAUUCAAAACCUGCUGGUACCCUUGAAAAGCCAAGAACGCCGACGGAGUACGUCGGGAUUGACUUCGCGAGAACGGUAGCUUUACAGGAUGCGAAUAAGUUAGAAGAGUAGAGAAUUGCUUGCACAUGUUCCCAUCAUUAAUAGUGAAGCUACGGUUUACAAACAUAACUUGGUAUUACUGGGUACUUCUGAAAUUUCUGAGAUCGAUUAUGUUAGAAAUUUUGACAGACGUUCUACUUAAUUCAAAAUCAUUACAGGGUUUGCGUUAGAGUUACAGUUCUAUAUAUCAAACAUGAACGCCAAGGGAUCACAGAUAUUUAAAGAACAUAUAUACCUUUUUAAGCGGUACAGCAGUUUUAAGCGUAGUUGUAGACUGCGUAAUUUUGUAUAGUAGCAUUGAUUGUAAAAAGGUAGAAAUAAAAAAGUGGCGAUUCUUAAAGAUUCUUAAAGAUAAACAUAUUUUGUGGUAUUUUUAAUCGAUCUCUUUAUUUUUAUUGUCUUUUUUUUUGCUUUCACUAAAUUUAACCAUACAUGGUUAUGUACAGAUGCAGGAAAUACUUGCGUAUAACUUGUUGUUUAAGUAGUACUUGAACGUUUAUUUUCAAUUGACUAUCUAAAGAUCAGCAAUGCGCAAAAGCCAUGUCAAAUACACUUUAAAUUUCUAAUCGUACUGCUCACUAAGCAUGCGACCUUUACAUGGUACCACCAACUAAAGUACCAAUCCAGCCGUUUCUGAAACAGGAAAGAUAAAAAAUUUAAUUGCAACGUGCUGUCAUGCAAGCUGAUUGAAACAAGCAUUUUAACGUGCAAAAGUUUUAUGGUCAUUUUGUUUGCAUAUAUUUGCAAAAUUGCACAUAAAAACAUGUUAAUGUUAACAUUAAUAUGGUAUUGUAACAUAUUGUGUAACAUACAUACAUGGAAAUUAGCAUUUGAUAGAGAUUGUUUGAGAUCACAAUCCUUUCUUUUAAAACUUUUCAUCCAAUUUUGUAUAUGAACUAACUGUUUCAAUAUUGGAUAUUGACUACCUUUUUCAAAUAAAAAUAGACCCUUUUUAUUUACAUCACGUCAGAAGCUGAUAUCAGAAGUAUCUGAAGCAUGUUUUUUUCUAUAGUUUUUUGGUAGGAUUCUUAAAUAUCAAACUGUCACUGCAAAAACAACAUGUAUGUAUGAAAAUUGUAUGCAUGCCACUUCACACUCUGGUACAUAAGGUUUAAAGAACCUCUUAAGAAACAAGGAACUAAGUUGCAUUAUAUUUCGUAUGUCAAUAACAAGUACUUUAAACGGAAGAAUGAAAGACAAAUAUGAUUUUAAUUCUUUGUAAUGGAUGUAAAUUAUAUUUUUUAUGUAAAUAUGUUGUUGAAUUUACGCGCAAUGCUGUAAGCUUUGCUUUCUUGUAUUCGGUUAAAAUAUGUUGUAUUAUAUUUAUAAUUAUUAGGUUUUGUUUGGCAUGUUAGUUCAAAGUUGCGGUGAUUCGCAAGAUGGCUCUGGAUUGCUCACGUGUCUUUGGGAGUUGCAAGAUUCAAACCUAGAUACGUGAAUACCCCAUCUUUGUAAAGGACCGCAAUCUGACUAAAUAUAAAUUCUAAAUAAAAACUAAAUAUAAAUUCAUUUAUUCAAUUUAAAAUAUUUGACUCCCAUUAUCACAGAAAGGGCAAAUUUUAAAUUCAGGGUCAUGUCUCAAAAAAUAGUACAGGGGCACUGUAUGAUGGUCCGUGCCACAUAUUACACCUCUUUGCCUUCUUGUUUGAAUUUUUGUUUAAUAUUUAAAUAUUCACUUUAUAAGUAUACAUACAUUAUGUGGCUCUUGAGCUUGGUCAAUUUUUACCUUCUGAGCAUGAUUUGAACAAUCUAUGUUGGAUACAAUAAUACAUAUUAUCUUGGUUUAUCUUAUGAUCAGGGGUGUGAUUUAAGAACCCCCUCAGGGGAGGAAAAUAACCUACCACCUUUUCACUGUUCAACUCAAUUCACCAUUUGCAUAUAGAUCUAGCGAAGUUAACAACUAUUUCUAAAUAAGUGUGACAUUAAAAGGUAUGAACUCAGUUAAAAGAAGGAAAAAUUCAACCCCCCCCCCCCCUAUGAUACAUAUUAGCUUAACCAAUGUAUAUACGAACGGGUGAGUUAUUAUUAACAAAUAACAUUUAAAUACGUCAUAAUGUGAUAUCACUUGAUCUUGUUAUAAGGAAGAAACAACACAAUUCAGUUGUGACAAUGAAGUUUGUUUCUACAGUACAUGAACAAUUACAAACAUCAAUAGCAGACCAAGUGCACAAAUAAAUUCAUCCAGAAAUAAAACAAAGAUAAAGGUCAAGAGCUCUAAGCUCAAGAGUCAUUAUUCAGCUUCAGUGUAGACAAUUCAAUGAGCCAUGAUGGAGUGUUUUGUUUAGCCACGCUAUUGCGUUUGACUUUUUUAAAUGAAAUUAAUUUCAAGGCUUACGGAAAGUUAACCUGGAAAGAAUUGUGUAAACAGAAAAAAAAAUCACUUUAACGCCACAUAUUGAAUAUAACAAAAAACAUAUUGCUCCCCCUUACUAAAGCAAAAACCACAAUUAUGCUGUGCCAAUUAUUUGUAAUAUUAAAUGUGGUAUUUUUUUUAUGUUACAUGAACAAUUCUUUCAGCCAAAUAGAAUUAAAGAUAUUGGAAGGUUCCAA